AUUUGGAUCCCCGAUCCAAGCAGCAGUCUGCUGACCUGGUUGGAUCCCCAUGGCGACCGGCUUCAAAAAUCACUGGUUGAUCUAAUUACUCCCAUAGGACAGCUUCUUCUGGAUCCGAGCUCAGCAAUUUCAGCCAUUCGUUCCAUUUCCUCCCGAAGGUUGGCUGAACCGUCUAAGCAGAGUGCAAGCUGAUCAGUGAUUAGCCUCCUAGCAAACAGACAAGCACAGAAAUGAGUAGUGAAAACAGGUACGACGAUCUCCUCCAUUUCAUCUCGCACUCGGAUCUUACUUCCAAACCCACCUGUGCCGAGAGUUUUCUCCAGGCGAAUCUCAAAUCAGGUCCCUUCCUUUGAUUAUUGAUUGAGAAAUUUAGCGAGUAGGUCAAAGAACAGAGGAAUCAAGAAGGGCAAUGGAGAAAAGCAGUGAACUUUAUGAGAAAUUCGGUAGGGAUAUCUCUCCCACUCUGAGAAUUUAGCUAUGGAAGUGGAACCCAUCUCUCCCUCGAAAUUUAAGCUCUCAAUCUGGAGUCCCGCCCGGGUUCUGCGAAUAUGUACAAUUGCUUCACUGGUUCUGCUGUUAUUGGUCGGUGUUUAUUAUGCACUGCAACACGGAGAAGUGCAUUUCCAUGGCGAAAGCGGGCAUCAUCACACGGUUGUUUUGGAUUGUGGAAGCACCGGAACAAGAGUGAGCGUGUACAAGUGGGAAGCAAAUCGUUCGAAGGACUCGGGUUUGCCUGUUUUGGUGAAUUCUUACCCUGAAUUUGAGCAUUCAGCUCGCAGUUCCACUCUGAAAAGAACAUUUGCCUGUAAGUAUCACUGUUUUCAGACCAAGCCAGGUUUGGAUAGCUUUCUUGGCAAUUCUUCAGGAGUGAAAUUAGCACUGGAACCCUUGAUUCGAUUGGCGGAAAGGUGGGUGCCUCGUGAAAGACACGAGGAGACUCCAAUUUUUGUUCUGGCAACUGCUGGUUUGAGAAGGUUGGAGGGUGAAGAUGCGAGGCGGGUUUUGGAUGAUGUGGUAGGUGUUGUGAAGGAACAUUCUUUUGUUUAUAGGAAGAACUGGGUGAGAGUUUUGAGUGGGAAAGAAGAAGCUUACUAUGGUUGGGUGGCUUUGAAUUAUCGGAUGGGGAGGCUAGGUAAUUCCUCAAUGGGGCCUGCCUUGGGACUUCUCGACUUAGGAGGUUCGUCAUUGCAGGUUGUGACUGAAGUUGAUGGUACUGAUGCUCAUCGAGCUAAUGAGCACUUGAUGAGUUCGAAAGUUCGGUCAGUCGAACAUUGGAUAUUAGCAUAUUCAUUACCGUCUUUUGGGUUGAAUGGGGCAUUUGACAGGACAAUUAAUUUGCUUCCUGUUGAUCGAACUACUGGUGAUGCCGUCAAAAUUAAGCAUCCUUGUCUGAGUAGUGAAUUUGAAAAAACGAAUGCGAGCCAUCAGAUGACGAAAACUGAGCACUAUCAUAUAGUUGGAGACCCUAACUGGAAGAGGUGUAAAGCUGUUGCAAGGGCUGCAGCGAUGAACACCAGUAGUUUUGAUUGGCCGACCUCGAUGAUGGUUGGGAGCAAUUGCAAAGCGAGGUUUUCUUUCAACGACAGCAGUAACAUUCCCAACCUGGCAUCUGGUUCCCACAAAACCCGGCACUUUCAUGCACUAUCCGGGUUCUUUGCAGUUCACAACAUCUUAAAGCUGGAAGCAAGAGCAAACUUUACCAAGAUUUGGGAGACAGCCGGGAAGCUAUGUUCUUCCCAACAGUUGUCGACCGAGUUGAGCAGCAAGUUCGGGAACAAGAAGUAUGGUAGCCAGUACUGUUUCAGCCUGCCUUAUAUGGUGUCGCUCAUACAGGACUUGCUGUGUCUUCGCGACGAACAGAUUACAUUCGGCCCUGGAGAUCUGUCCUGGACACUUGGAGCUGCAUUGGUUGAAGGAGAAGACUAUCACCACGGGCAACAAAGCAGUACUACUACAAGAGAAGGAAAAGAAGACAUUGGUUUCUCGAGAAGCAUGGAUUACUACAUUCAUUCCCCUGUUUUUGUGUUCCUGUUGCUUCUGUUGCUUUUGAUUGUUGUUUACUACAGCCAGAUCAAGCUGCCUAUGCUGGGGAGGAAGAAGGCUGCUGCUACUCUUUCUCGUGGCCCGUCGUUGCCAUCUUACAUCUAUCCGAAGCAACGGCCUAACUGAUUCUUUCAAUUCGUUUAGGUUAAAGGUUGGUAGUUUAGUUAGGUGUUUUAGGUACGGGAGAACUAUCGAUUGCACCUUGCCCAGGAAACCUACUGUUCGCUUGCAAUUCGGUAUCAUAUUUUCUACUGAAUUCAGGGGUUUGAGGUUAAAUUUAGAUAUCCACUAUAUUUUAGAGAGAUCGUAUGAUUUUACACCUUCUUACUUGUUUUGCUAAUAAAAUCGUUAUGAACGGGCAUAAACCAGUU